AUGUCGGGUUCUGAUUCUGGUCCGAGCCCGAGCCCUAUCCCGAGUGCCGCCAUUGGAGUUGCCCGCGGGUGGCGCGAUGCUAAUGCGAGCCAAAUUCCGUCACCGCCAGCCCUCCCGGCCGACAGCGUUUACACGAGCUGCUACUGCGAGGAGAAUGUGUACUUGCUCGCGCAGGCGUUCACCGCGCGUAAGGAGACGGAGCGCGACUGGCGUUGGGACGUCUACGCUGUCUUCGUCUCCAACCCCGGAAAAACGGUCGCGCUGUGGAAACAGAAGGCCCGAGACGACAUCGUCGUGUGGGAUUAUCACGUUGUGCUCGUCCUCCGGCCGACCCCGCCACUGGCGCGUGGGCGGGCGGUAGACGAGCUGAAAUUUAGCAACCCAGAGGUCCAUGGCCCGGGAGCAUGGGUGUACGACUUUGACACUCUCCUCCCUGUUCCGUGCUCCUGGCCAGAAUACGUUUCCGGUACCUUUCCCUACACGCACGACCGCGCACUCGCGAACCUGUUUGGAGAGACAUACCAAAGCCUGUUCCGGGUCGUCCCAGCUGACGUCUUUCUCGCCUGGUUUGUCUCAGAUCGGUCUCACAUGCUUGCGCCCGCGAUUGACUCGUCCUUCUCCGGGGCCUCUCCGCGAUCCGUUAUGGGCCUCGUGCCUGGUGCAGUGCCUCCGGUGCGGUACACCGCGCCUCCUCCGCCCUACCCUCCGCUGUGUGGAAGGCGCGCGCGUGAGGCGGGCGUAGUGCACAACCUCAUGGAGUUCGUGUCGAUGUCCCCGGACGCGGAGGAUCUGGAAUCAUCCGUGGCUCGGCGUGAGGGGUGUUAUGGCAAAGUUAUGGACAUGGAAGGCUUCGUGCUGUGGUUGGCUGGUCGGGACAAUGACGGUGACAUUCUGGCAUAG